GUCGUUUGCUGUCAGUCAGAGACAUCGAUGUUUUUGCUUUAGACGCUCAAUGUACAUUCAUUUGGUUAAUCAUAUUAAAAUUGAAUUCUACAAAUAGCCAAAUACACAAUAUGGAAGAAACUAGUUCUAUGAAGCCCAAGCGCAAAGACACAACAGAAGAUAAGUACCGCAUUGCUGCAACGAUUGCGUUCAUUGUGGUCAUCGUUGGAAUUGGCGUGCCCAUGUGGUGGAAGACAACCACGGUCUACAGAGUCUCUUUGCCUUCGUCUGCCAUUCUGCGCCUCAGCGAUCAUCCCAUCAAAACAGUUGUACAUGUGGCCAUCUAUACGCAGCAGCCAGAUCGCGCCCAGCUGCUCAUUACGGAGCUGCAAAACGCAUUUAAAGACAGCAAUGUUUGGAUUAUGGAGUUCAAGCAGCUGUCGCCAUUCGCCAAGGCAUCCGAGGCCCAUACUCCGGCCGCCUUGGAGAAGUUGCUGCUGCAGGAGCAUCCGCAAAGCGUGGGAGAUUUCAUGUUCAUUGAGUGGCCCAAACUGGAGGAUGAGUUGCUGCUAACCACUGAGCGCUCGGCGCUGAUGCGCACCGAUGUCACUUCCAAUAAGAUGGCGCAGCUGCUGCAUACGAAAAUUCUGCAAACCUAUCGCGUCAAUCAGAUACUCAGCAAAGAUGAGCGCAUGGGCAUCAAGUCGGAGGCUCCACAGCCUGACUACGAUGUGGUUAUAUCCGUCCUAAAUCCUAAACCUAAAAUCACCAAUGCUAAGUGGAAUGUCGUGAUGGCUGCGCAGACUUAUAUAGAGCCCUUCCUGGCGCAAAUCUCUGACAUAUCCAGCUACACAGUGCGCACUCAGUGGAAAUAUCGUGUGGCCCUUGAAGCCGAUCUGAAGCAGGUGCGCGAUCAAACCAAAUUGGGUCGCCACUAUGCUCUGCAGGAGUCAGCCCUGCCGCAUCUGCUCACAUCCAUAGCACAAAAUUUGAGCGCGAGCAUCACGGACAAACCCGUCAUCAACUUGGUGGUGUAUGUACCGCCCUGCAGCUCUGCACCGCUGCACAUAUACAAUAACAAAAAUGAGAUAUUGACGCGUGAUGGCGUCGAUGCAUUCAUUUCCCCACCCUGGGGCGGCUUCAUAAUAGCCAAUCCGCCCGAGAGCGUCUGCAUGGCCUAUAUAAACGACGAGCCACCCAUGCAAUAUUAUGUGAAUACUAAUGAUAAUAUGCAGGUAAUGCUGGAUCAGCUGCAGAAGCUAUUGGACAUCAGCAGUGAGGUGCAUGUGUCUGGCGUCAAGACAGUGGACAUUGAGCAGCUGGCGCCCAGGCGCUGGGAAUACGAAUCCUAUAUACGACGCAGCGCUAUUCGCCACAUUGCCACAGCCAGCAACACGCUGCAGAGUCUGAUCAAGCUAUUAGAUCAAAUCAGCUACAUUGUGAUUGACGAUCAAGUGGGCACCGCCAUAACCAAUUCGCAUAAUGACAUUCUGGCUGCCAAGGCCGCAUUGCUGGAGCAUCGUUUGCUGAAUGCCUCGGCGUUGGCCAAGCGCGCCUUUGUGGCCUCGGAGCGCGGCUUCUUUGACGCCAGCUUGUUGGCACAGCUUUACUUUCCUGACGAGCAAAAGUAUGCCAUAUACAUUCCACUGUUUCUGCCGGUCAUGGUGCCUGUGCUUAGCUCUUUCAAUAUGCUGCGCAAAUUGCUGCAGCGCAAGCGGAAGGAAAAGCAGCCGUAAACGAGCCAUAUCGAGCGCGCGCUUAGUCAACCAAAUUAUGUAUCAUUUAAAUUAAAACAAUUAAGAAGAUUCUUUAGAGAUUUGAAAGUUUACUAAUAGUUAAGCUCGUCCGUUGCGCCCCUCCUAAUAGCGUGAUCAUCUUUCCGAGCAUACACUGUAGACGCUUACGCAGAUGAGAUAUGCACACAAUAUACGUAGCUUCAUGUUAGUGCGUAUAUAUCAAGAUUUCGAUCCAAAAGUAUUAUAUGUACAUGUAAAUAAUUUUGAUUACUAAAUCAAGGCGAGCAAAUGGCACUUCGUAGCGCCUCAAUUUUC